AUGCCUUCUUUGCAGCUACAGAAGCAGCAGAGCAAGUUUGACGGAUCUGCUCUUGCAGUUCUGCCGCCCUCGCCAACGGCUUCCAACCAUAGCAGCCUCGACGGCUUUGAACCUCACACGACUUCCCGGAAGGAAUCACGUAAGUCAAUAGAGACGGAGGCAUUGGUUCCAGACAUGUUCACUUCAAUUCUCUCCGUCGAGCCCGUGCAAAACAUGCACUACUCCCAAGUCAAGCGGGAGGCAGACGCGUGGAAUGCCGAAACAUUAGGUAUGAAUGAGAAGCAGAGGGCCAAAAACUCCAUCGCGGACUUCACAUAUUUGGUUUCCUGGUGGGCUCCGUAUUGCGACGCGGAAGCCCUCCGGACCAUGGUAGACUGGCAGAAUUGGGCCUUCGCUUGGGAUGACCAGUUCGACGAGGGUCAUCUGAAAGAGGACCUCCACGCCGCAGCCUGCAACAUCAUCAACAUGACCUCGCUACUAGACGACUGUCACCCGCUGGUCUCCCGCGACGACGACCCCAUCGCUUACGCAUUCCAACUCAACUGGCGAAACAUUCAAAAGCGCGCAUCACCUGGCCUCCAGCACCGUUACAAGACCUACAUCAAACACUACAUGCUCGGCGUUUUGGGCCAGGUCAACUCGCGAAAACUGCACGUCAGCGACCUCACCAUCGAGGAGUUCCUGGUCUUCCGGCGCGGCACCAUCGGUGUCAUGCCCUGCACCGUUCUCGUUGAGUACGCGCUCGGAAUCGAGGUCCCCGAACACAUCAUAAACCACCCUUCGAUCAAGGCAUGCCAAGAAGUAGCGGUCGACUUGGUGCUCCUAGACAACGACGUUCUUUCAUACAAGAAGGAUGUUAUUGAGGGAGAAGAGCUAUCCGUCAUCGGCAUCCUUCGCUCUCAGGGAUACACUCUGCAGGAGGCCAUGGAUGAGACGGGCCGCAUGAUUGAGGCGAGAUACCGGCGCUGGUAUGAAGCCUUGGCCCAGAUGCCCAGCUGGGGCUCGAAGCACGACCGCGUGGUGCUCAAGUACCUCAACGGUAUUCGGGAUAUUGCGCUGGGUAGCCUGCUAUGGAGCUUCUGGACUGGCCGGUAUUUCAACAAGGAAGAGGGCGAGCUGCUCCGAGAGACACGCCUCCUUCGUCUUCCCAUCAACCCUGGUAUGGAGGCAUGA